AUGGAGAGCCAGCCGUCCAUCCUGAGGGAAUUCUGCCCACUCCAGCAUCUGCUGAACUUCAUCCCGGCCAAAGUUCAACGUGGUUUCCGCUCGGUGGUGGUCUACCUGACGGCGGUGGACAGCAGCCGUGACUUUGUGGUAGUGGGCAGCAGCAUUGGCAUGUUGUACCUUUACUGCCGCCGCCUGGCGCACAUGAACAAGUACAGUCUGGAGGGUAAGUGCGACGCCAUCACCGCUGUGAAGCUCCUGAGCUGCUUUGACGACCUGGUGGCCGCGGGAACAGCGUCGGGUCGGGUGGCCAUAUUCCAGCUGGUGUCACCGCUGCCGGGUCGCAACAAGCAGCUACGGCGCUUCGAUGUGGUGGGCCUCCACAAAGGCACGGUCACGUCUUUGGCUUGGAGUACCAACGGCAUGAAGCUUUUCUCUGGGGACGACAAAGGACGCGUAGUGUUCUCCGCUCUCGACCUUGAUCAGGGUACGUGUACACCGGUGCUAAUCCUGGAGGAACUCGGUGGUGUGGUUCAGCUGGAUUACAGUCACCAGGUUCUUCUGGUGUCCACGCAACAACGCUCUCUACUGUAUUGUACACACACGCAGCAGGUCCAGCAGAUCGGCGCCAAACCGAGAAAAAGUAGCGGCAGGUUCGGUGCCUGUUUCCUGCCAGCUCUUUGCAAGCAGAGCGACCUUCAAGUCUUCGCAGCCCGACCGGGACUCCGACUCUGGCGGUCUGACAUCUCUGGUCACGUGGUGGACACCAGACUGUUGAAAGGCCUCUUUAACACUCGGAUUCCCCACUUUGAAAUCUUCCCUCGUCCCGCCCCAGCGGGGGCGUACCGUCCGCCCGAGUGUCAGCUGGGUCUGCUCAGCUGCUUCCUCAAGGAAAAUUGGAUCCUAAGCUGGAACGAAUACAGCGUCUAUGUACUGGACUGCGUUAACCAGGUAAUGAUCGGCGCUUUGGAGAGCAGCGGAGACAUUGUGUCGCUGUCCUGCUGCGACAACGAGAUCUUCAUCCUGAAGGGGGACCGCGACCUCAUCCGACUGUCGGACAGUCCCGAGGGAGCGUGUGGCGCCUCCCCUUCGCCGUCUCACCUUCCUGCGCGUCUGUCUUCGCCCCUGACCCCGCAAGGCAAUGUUGUCACGCCCACAGGUUGCGUGGAGAUGGCUCAACCCAUCAGGACCAUGGCCAUCAUUGUGGAGGGCGGAGACAGCGAAGGGGGCGGGAGGAGAGAGGAAGAGGAGGAAGCUGAGGAAGCGCAAGAAAAGGAUGAGAAUCAACGUUUUGGUUUCCAACAGGGUGGCGGGGUCCAGAGCAGUUGCUCGCACAGUCGGAGCAGCUCCAUCACUUCCUGGGACAGUCUCCACGGAAACGCCUCCAGCGACGCCGGUUCUCGUCGCUACAGCGCCCCCCUGGGACAGGAGGAAGUGUGGCAGGAGCUGGUGGUGAAAGCGGUCAAGGUGAAGAAAAAGAAGAGGCAAAGACAAGAUAGCGGCAGUGGGAAUCGUCUGUCUGAGAGCAGCUGCUCGGAGUCCAUGUUUGUAGUCCAAGAUGGCAGCUGCAGCGACGGUAGCAGCGGCGCGUCCUUCUUGGGACUGGAACUCCCAAAACGAGACUCUCCAAUGGAAAUCAGGGAAGGAAAUAGGACAGAGUUUGAAGUUCAGGGGGAGGAUUCAAGCCGCUUGCCACCUCAAGAUCCAGAGAAGGAAGCGGCACCCCUCACCCCGGAUGUGGACAUGCUUCUGGAGUGCACCUUUUCUUACACGCGGCAUGACGGACAGGAGCAGCAGCCAAUGGAGGAGCAGGAUGACAACUUUCUUGGCUCGGCUAUGCGAGCUAGGGCGAGCCAGAAAGAUCAGCGCUGUAACAACGUGCAGUCAGACGACUCGGAGCCACCUACCAGGGUGACGGACUGGACCGGGGAUUCUGGCGAGAAGAAGCCGAGCAUGUCUAGCGAUGACGAAGAGAGCGACAUCUACCGUCAUGGUCAAACCAACGUGGGUGAAACGGAACACGUGAACGCCGGUAAAAACCAAGCGGCUGAUGAAGCUUUGCGGCAGGAUGCUCAGGACGGAGGAACACAGAAAGCCGCGCAAUUGGCUGAAUGUUGGAUGGGGUACUCUGGACCUGGAUGCGGAAUACUCAGUCUUCACGUGACUGACAGGUGCGUGUGGUGUUUGGACUUCAAAGGUGGACUCUAUUGCAGCCCCUUGCCUGAAAGUAGCCUCCAAUGGCAGCGCUUUGAGGACAACAUCCACCAAGUGGCACUCUCACCCUCAGGGAACCUGCUGUGGAAGGUAGAGCAGAAGAGCAUGACGGCGUAUGCCUGCGCCAAAACGUCGGCGCGAGGCAAGCGCCACUGGUACAAGGCAGCGGAGGAGGCAGCCUUUGUGGCCCUCAGUGACGACUCGGCCUGGAUCAUCAAAACCAACGGAGACCUCCACCUGCAGACGGGUCUCAGCAUGGAGCGUCCGUGCGCACGCUCGGUGAAGGUGGACACUCCAUGCGUCUUCAGCCAGGUCUGCGCACGAGGGGGCGUGGUCUGGGCCCUGAGCGAGCACAACGCUCUGUUCUACAGGGAAGGGCUCGACACUUUCUGCUCGCUUGGAGACACCUGGAAGUACGACACGGUCAGUGAGGCCCAAGGUGUGGAGCUCAUGUGUGUGACGCUGGGGGACGGCGGCACGGCCUGGGCGCUGGAUGUCAACGGCAGGCUGUUCUUCAGAACAGGGGUGACCUCUGAACGACCGCAGGGAGAUGACGACCACUGGUGGCAGGUCAGUAUUUCCGACUACGUGGUCUUUGAUCAAGGCAGCUUGUUCCAGACGCUCCUGAACGCUACGCAAAGUGUGGCCACGGUGACCAAAGCGCCGGUGGAGCGGGUAGUGGCCUUCCUGUCGCAGUACUCGCAGCGUCAGCCCAUCCUGGUCAGCGCCAACGCCGCUGGUGUGUGGGUGGCGUCUGGACGCAACAGACUUCACUUGGCCAGGGGCAGCCUGGUGGGAACGUUCUGGCAGAAUUUAGUGCCAAGAGGAACUGUGGCGGCCACCAGGUGGAGCGCCGUGACCUCUUCUGCGGCACCCCACAAAGAGGGUACUUUCCUGUGGUUGGCUCAGAGCAAGAAGGAUCUCUUUUGCGUGUGGGAUCAGGAUGGAGAACUGCGCCCAUCCACAGUCACGCUGCCACAGGAGGUGGAACUGACCCAGCUGUCGGCCUGCCGCGAUGCCCUUUGGGGACUGGACUGCCACGGCCGGGUGUUCAUUCGCUCCCUGUCAGCGUCCUGUCCAGCCGGUCUUCACUGGACAGCGCUUGACCUCAGCCAGCUCGGAAGUGUACGUCUGGUGAGCAUUAGCUGUGGCAGCCAGAAUGUCUGGGCUCUGGACAGCCGAGGGCUGGUCUACUUCCGAGUUGGAACUCAACCACUGAACCCCAACAUGAUGCUUCCUGCUUGGAUCCACAUAGAACCGCCUGACCAGCCGGUAGGAGUCCAGCUGAUCAGUAUUGAGACAAGUCCUAAUGAUCGUUUUCUGUGGGCGUUGGACAACAGAGGCACCGUCUUUGUCAGAACCGGACUAAAUGACGAGAUGCCGGUCGGGACAAACUGGGACCUGGUGCCAGGCCUGACCGUCAGUCAGCUGGUUCUCAGUUGUCAGACAGUUUGGGUCAGAUGCGUCAAUGGAGAUUUGGCUCGACGGUACGGCGUCUCUGAUAGGAACCCAGCUGGAGACUACUGGAAGAAAAUCCCAGGAACCGCCAAUUGGUUGACUGUCACUACAGAAGACGACCUUUGGGCUGUGACUCCAGUUGGUGGACUGGCCCGUCGGAUGACGAAACUCCUCCCACAAACGCCCCAUCGCCCGCCUCCGUCCGGGACAAACGCCGCUGGCGACGAUGUCGACGAUGAGUGGGAGCUCCUCUGA